CCAGGCAAGAUGGAGAACGUUCUGCUAGAUAUUGCUAUAGAAGUUGCCAAGUACCUCUCACCUCGUGAUAUAUCUUCAUGUUGUGCAGUAUCUCGCCACUGGCGAGAAGUAUUCGGCACCAAUGAGGUAUGGAAGGGACUGUGUGAUUCCGAGUUAGAAGAGCAUCUGAGGACUACGCCUUGUGUCGUAGAGCCGCAGUUCUCUCUCCCUGAACAACACUGCUCUCUAGCUCCUCUCAGUCAGUGGCGAGCAGCUUACCUGCGGGAACAACAUCUGUGGAAGAACUGGGGAAUUGGCAACUGUAAAACUGUGGAACACAAAAUGGACAAAGAUAAAAAUUACCCAGAGCUGUUUGUCACUAAUAACUUGAUAAUGGCGUUUUAUCUUGACUCAAUAGAACUGUGGGACUUGAAAACCAACCCUCCUACUAAAAAGGAUUUACUACUGUUUGGUCAAAUAUGUUAUUAUACACCCAGGGCCUUAAAUAAUGGAAUCUUUGUUUUAAAGGGUUAUUCAUCUAGAGGAGGUUUUGUUAAAAUUGUUGAGGUAGAUGUAGCCCAAGGCACUAUCAAUUAUAAAUGGCAGGUAGAAUUUAAUUUAGAUUAUUCAUGUAAACUUGUGACCAGCAAUACAUACCUAUUCAAUGAUUUAGGUUUAAUGGAAAACAUUGAUCUAAUAAUUACUCCUGGAGGAAAGUGUAUUAGUUAUUUUUGGUUUUGUAAAGAAAAUUACUCUUUCUAUGUAUGGGAUUUGAAAAAUGGAGUGGAACUAAGAAAGGAAUGUUGUUCUACAUCAAGCUUGCCAGAAGGGGGGUUGAGUAUUGUGGGAUGUAAAACUGGAUCCAAAACAUGUGAAGAUAUCCUAGUACUCCUUCCCAAUACAAUGUCACCCGAUCCUCCUGGAAUAGUCUCAGUGACAUGUCAAGUUUAUAAUGUACAUCAACUAUGUUUCUUACCCUUCAAGCAAAUUUUUCCUGUUUUUUGGGGGUUUUUAAUGGAUUGCAAACAAGAUUCCUUCGACUACAGUGCAAUAACUGACCAUUUUUUGGCUCUUUCAGACUGUGAUAUUAAAAAUCCAGAAGAGGUUUCUAAUGUCAGAGUUUACAACUACAGAUCUGGACAUAUAAUACAUAUAUUACCUAGUAGAGGGACUAUUCAUAUCAUAAAUGAUUCACGUUUUAUGUUUAAAAUGCCAAAAGCUUUUAAACAACUCACUAGGCAGAGACCAAACUCCAGACAAAUGAUGCCUCAAGAUGAUAAAACUGUUUUGUGCUCUGUUUUCUGUCCGUCUGGAGCUAUUUUGGAAGAUACUACAGGCUCUGACGUCAAUCAUUUUCGUGUUGUUGGGAAGGGACUUGUACAAAUAAUUUCAAGCCAAGUUAUGCUUAAUUUUCUUGGAAGUUCUUCAACCCAAGUUUGGAUGUUGAAUCAAUUCUCCUCUUUUAAAACUGGUGUAGUUUUGCCUGGGUCUACACAUGUAAAUCGCGCCUUCACAAAGGUUAUAACAAGUAAUGACCCAAUCUGGGAAGAAGAGGACACAAUCAGAGUCACUUACUUUUGGUAAUGUUAUAGUGACAGUAUGUUGGUGUUUAUAAAUGUAAGUUGUAAUUGUAUCAUUUAAUUAUUUAUUGUAUUUCAUGUAGAACUUGUAUAAACAACUUGUAAUGUUCAUAUAACUAAGGUUUCUGAAGAUGGUGAGAUUACAAAAUGCCAGUAAUUGAGAAAGUUAUUUUAUGGAAAUUUUAAAAAUAAUUGCUAAAUUGAAUUCAACACACGCUCUUUUAACCCAUGCUUUUAUCAAACAUAAUGAAAACAAUUAAUUUUAAUUUUUACUUUGUGUUUUUGUUUGUGUUUUUCUAUUGUCAUGUUAUAGAGUUCAAAUUAAUAAUAACAACACUUUUCAUAACAAAUAAAAAAUAAUCUACAGGGUCAAAUUCAUUAAGUAUUGGGACUGGUUGGAAAAAUAACAAAUUAUUUCAGGUAUCAUUACACUUUCCUAAUACUCAAAAGACCAAUGGAAGUCAAUUUCCGGAAUGCUGUUGAAAGCCGCUCUCGUCGCCGCUUGAACCGCCUCGAUGGAGUCAAACUGCUGAUCUUUCAGCUGCCUUUUUUCUCACGGAAAUAAGGAAAAGUCAGGUGGAGCCAGAUCUGGGCUGUAGGGACAUAGCUCGUAUAAGAGUAUAGGAUUUGUCUUUAUGUAUCGUGUGAUGAAAUACUUCAAUAGCCUUCUAACUAUUAAGUUGGAUGUUCCACAUAUUCCUUAAUUUAGGCUAUUUAAUUAUAGCUUUCUAAAAUUGCAUAAAUCGUUCAUAUGUCUGUCUACCAUAUAAAAUUCCUCCCCCACAUCCUUGCUGCUAAGGGGUUAGUUAGCUAUUAAACUAAAGUAUGGUAUAUUUUGUUAUC